UCUUUUCUUUUCUUUUCUUUUCUUUUCUUCCAACAAUGCGCUGGACCAUUGCUGCGGCUGUUCUCGCACUGCUGGUGGCGCUCGUCUCGGCGGCGCCCUUCCGCCUGUCGUCCAACCCGCCAGAGCAGAUUCGCCUCUCCUUCACUGGCAUUCCCACCGAAGCCGUCAUGAUGUGGAUUACCCCCUCGCCUGCUAGCCCCCAGGUCAAGGUCGGCCCCAGGUCCGGUGCUUACUACAUUCCCUUCAACGGCACGUCCACCCAGUACACGUAUGACUCGUACACUUCUGGUUACAUCCACACUGUCAAGGUCACCGGCCUCACGCCCCUCACCACCUACUUUUACGUGGUCGGCGACGCUUCGCAGGGCUGGAGCAACGAGUUUACGUUCAAGUCGAUGACGACCGACAAGGUCCCGCUGACGGUCGCCGUGAUUGGUGACCUCGGCUUCACCUCGAACUCGCUCAACACUGUCAACGGCAUCCUGUCGGACUCGAUGCGCGCUGACGUUCUCUGGCAUGCCGGUGACAUUACCUACGCCAACGGCAACCAGCCCAUCUGGGAUCAGUGGGGCAACAUGGUGCAGCCGCUCUCGGCCUCGAUGGCUUGGAUGGUCGGCGUCGGCAACCACGAAAACUACCACAACUUUACCGCCUACAACUACCGCUUCCGCAUGCCGUACGCAGAGUCCAACUCCCCCGGCCUCAACCUGUUCUGGUCGUACUCGCACUCGUACGUCCGCCUCGUCCUGCUGUCGACCGAGACUGACUUUUCGGUCGGCUCGGCCCAGUACAACUGGUUUAUCAAGGAGAUGGAGUCGGUCAACCGCACCCAGACCCCCUGGCUCAUCCUCAUGUACCACCGCCCCUUCUACAACUCGAACACUGCUCACCAGGGCGAGAUCCCCGCCUUCCAAACCAUCUACGAGCCGCUCUUCUACAAGUACAAGGUUGAUCUUGCCUUCAACGGCCACGUCCACUCGUACGAGCGCUCCAAGCAGGUCUACCGCAACGUGGUCAGCACUGCCAACCCCACCGAGUACAUUGUCAUUGGCGACGGUGGCAACCAGGAGGGUCUUGCUUCCCAGUGGCUCUCUCAGCCCUCGUGGUCUGCCUUCCGCCAGGCUGCCUAUGGCUACGGUCGCAUGGUCAUCCACAACGAGACUCACAUUGACUGGACUUGGCACAUCAACCCCACCACCAACGAGUACACUAUCCGCGAUCAGGCCACGUUUGUUCGCCCCUACCCCCGUUUCUAAGUGAGCAAUUCCGGUUCCAAAGAGUUACUCGGUUUCCUGUUAGAUGGUUUUUUGUUGUUCUUAAUGCUCUUCUGUUGCAAUGAUGAGUGUUUUUCCUUUGCUUUUUUUUCUUCCUUUUCUUCUUCUUCUCUUCCGACAUGUAAAAAUUGAUGCGUAAUUUUUGUCGUUUGUUCUCGGUUGUUCUUUCCCCCCCCCCUGUUUUUCUUGUUCUCGUUGUGACAACCGUCACUCAUCUCCUGAAAUAUACACAAGGGAUGUGUCCGCACCAAGGCGUGCUUGUCGUUCAAUCGCCUGCGACUGUGGUUUUCGCAGCGCUCGAUCGCGAGCUUUCCCCCCUUUGGGGGCAGGUGCCAAUCCCAUGAAGCCCAAAGUUUGAGUUUUCUACGCAGAAUUGGACUUGCAAAUGGAGUGAAUUUGGUUUAGUUUUUGACAUGUACACGAG